AUUGCAAGUCACUGCUGCAACCAGCCAGGGAUGGAUUUAAGAAGAAGAAAAAAGGGUAAACUGUAACAAGGAAGGCAGCGAUCUUUGUUAUCAUUUAAAAAUGUCCUCUGUUCAGAUUUUAAGAGCAUUUGUCAGUGAGAGACUGACGGUGGUUGUGGAGGAAAUAAUGGGGAUGUUUGAGAAAACUAUAGCCGAAUAUGAGGAGGAGAUCUGUCAUCAUCGAAGGCUGCUGGAAGCUAAUCAGCUGUCCGACAAGAUCAUCGAUAACUGCGAUGGAUCUCAGCACAUCCGGCCUGUGAAGAUCUCUCCAGGGCAUCAGGAGACAAGUCCAAUGCCUCCAUACAUCAAAGAAGAACAAGAAGAAGUCUGGGCAAGUCCCAUAAUAAAUCAGGAGGAGAUUGAUACCCCCGACAUCCUUUUCCACUCUACUUGUGUGGACAGUGGAGGUGCUAAAGGGGAAAUGCUGCCCCCUAGCAUACAGCCAAGUGUUCCCCACAGAGGGACGGCUUCUCCAGCCGCCAGCAUCCCAGUCGGGCACAUUGAAGGCCGACUUUACGGAGAAGACUGCGGGAGCUCUGUUGUUGAAAUGGAUGCUGCCGGUGCCGACAACAGCCAACCUGCCACUUUUCAUUUUCUAACGCAAGACUUGAAUAAAGAACCGCAGACAUCGUCGGAAUCAUGGAAGCACACAAUUCCCGUGCCGCCUCAGAGCUCUCUUAAGGAGGCCAGAUGUUACAAGUGCAGCGAGUGCGGCAAAAUCUUCAAAUACAACCACAACUUGCAGAGACACAAGUCGUGUCACACGGGAGAGAGACCGUUUGGCUGCAUUGAAUGCGGCAGGAAAUUUAAUCAAAAGGCAAGUUUGGACAGACACAAACGAGUGCACACAGGAGAAAAGCCUUUUAGUUGUUUCUUCUGCGGUAAGAACUUCACCCGGAGGGGGACGUUAACGUCCCACAUGAGAUUUCACACAGGAGAGAAGCCUUUCUGUUGCUCUGUUUGCAAGAAAAAUUAUAACAACAGAGAGACGCUGGUAAAGCACAUGAGCACACAUGAAACUUACACAAGCUAACAAAAACGUCCAUUUUUGGAGAUGAAAGCGAAUAACGGUACUAGUUGUUGAAAUGAUUAGUCAUCCCUACAAAUAAACAUCUCUUUUGCAAUGUUUUCCACCUCAAACUGGCUUGUGUGAGAGACUACACCCUGGACUGGUGGCCAGCCAAUCACAGGGCACAUAUAGACAAACAACCAUUCACACUCACAUUCAUACCUAUGGACAAUUUGGAGUCGCUAAUUAACCUAGCAUGUUUUUGGAAUGUGGGAGGAAACCGGAGUACCCGGAGAAAACCCACGCAUGCACGGGGAGAACAUGCAAACCUCACACAGACAUGGCCGAGGGUGCAAUUGAACCCUGGUCUCCUAGCUGUGAGGUCUGCACGCUAACCACUCGACCGUGCCGCCAAAAACAUAUUAGUAUGUAAAAAAAAUAACACGUUAACUAAUUUACAAAUGUAGAAAGAUAUCUUCAUGAUGCAUUCAUGGACACUCGGAACAUCACAACGUCUUUAAUGUGUGUGUAUGUUUGGUCUAAAUAAACAUUAAUUUAUUCAUUAAUUUUCUACCACUUAUCCUCGCUUGGGUGCUGGAGCCUAUCCCAGCUGUCUUCGGGCGAGAGGCGGGGUACACCCUGGACUGGUGGCCAGCCAAUCACAGGGCACAUAUAGACAAACAACCAUUCACACUCACAUUCAUACCUAUGGACAAUUUGGAGUCGCCAAUUAAGCUAGCAUGUUUUUGGGAUGUGGGAGUACCCGGAGAAAACCCACAAAUGCACAGGGAGAUUGUCAAAAUAAACACUUUGUCACCAAGUCUUAAAGCGUAGGUACAAUUUGUUGCAUUUAAGUAUGCUCGGAAAUCCCCAACUCAAAACGUGAAUUUAAGUUAGCUUUCUGUGUGUGUUAUUGUGAAAAUUAGCAACAAUUAGCAUAAUAGGUCCACUUUUAAAAGCAUUUUUAGAAUGUGUCAAUGAAAAACACCCGCGGGACACAAAUGGCUCCCGAAGAAAGACGGGAUUACGUCGGCACUCGUGUUAUUUUAACACCAUUAACACCAUUAACCCAUUUUAACACCAUUAAUCCGGAGGUGUUGAUUGAAUGAUGUUGGCCAUGCACCUGACUGUAUCAGUAUUAGUGGAUCAGUGCAUUCGCUUCUUAAAGACGUUGGAAGUCGAGGGUCCUGAGUCUAGUCCCACCGUGAACAAAAAUAAAUUGCAAUGUUCCGGACUACUCCUGUCCCCUUGAGCAAAGCACCAAACCCCCCAGUUUUAGCUCAGGGUAACACUGCCAGCCCCUGGGGUGCCCCCUCUGACACCCCUCCUUUCUCUCUCAGGUUCUGAGUUGUGUGUAAUCACAAAAUAAAGUUUUGAAUAUUUUUAAUAUCUAAAUAUAACCAAAAUAAUACAUAUAGGAACGCUUGAAAAAGUGAUUAAAACAUGCGUGUUAUUUAUUUUUUAUUUUUUUUUACUGAGGCAGCAGGUGUAAUUCCGGUAUUCAUCUUACCACUAGAUGGCAGCACUGUAUCGAAAAUCGGCCCUUGUUGAUUUGUAUAGUGGAGUCAAUUUAGAGUCGCCAAUGAACAUGCGUGUUUUUGGAAAAAAAACGUGGGAAACAUGCAAACUCCACACAAAGAUGCCCAAGCGGAGAAUCGAACCCAGGUAUUCAGUGGAAAUCAUGUAAUUCACAAUAUAUAAAUAAAAGCGGGAACUUAUACCUCACCCUGUCAGAUCUUAUUGUAGCGAUGCUCUAUUCCGGUGGUCUCAAACUGCGGCCCGUGGGCCAAAUUCGGCCCGUGGGAUGCUAGUUUGAGGCCCCCCAUCUUGAUAUGAAAGUUUAAUGGUAGUGCGGCCCGUGCAAGUUUGGUAUCAUGAACACAGAAAUGAUAGCUUUGUGCCUGCCGGACACAAUUGACGCAAUUUUUUCAGAUGUAGCGAUGCUAACUUGCUAAUUGGGUAAAAGGGUUAAGUUUCAUUAAUGUUCAUGU